AUGGCGUCUUCAGAGACAGCGACAGCCCCAUAUCACUGUUGUGUUCCUUGUUGUACAAAUGACUCUCGGUACGACAAGGAACGGCAUUUAUCCUUCCACAAGUUCCCAGUGGACUCAAGAAGGCGAAAACAAUGGAUCUUCAAAAUAAGAAGGGAUUUGGGACCAAAGUUUAGGAUAGCUGAUGCCACAAGAGUGUGCUCUGAGCAUUUUCAUCCCUCAGAAAUCAGAAAGACACUGACAGGGAAAAGGAUGCUGUCAACUACUGCGGUGCCAUCAUUAUUUGAUUGGACAAAAAGUACACCUACUAGACGUCCACCUCGAAAAUCUCUGAUGCGUGCCACUUGCUCUGAAGAACCAAUGGAUAUCAACGAUUCUGGUGUACAUCCUUCAAUUCUUCAAGGUGAAUCACAGCCUCUGGUACCUAUGAUAUCUAAAGACCAUGACUAUACUGUGGAACCAUCUUCACCCAACAGUAAAUUGGAAGCUGCCCAGAAAGAAAUUGAUGUUUUACAAUGUCAAGUAGAAGGACUGAAGGCUGAAAAAUUCGGUGUGCAAAGAUUUUCUUUAGAUGCAAAAUUGAUAAACUUUUACACAGGGUUUACAAACUAUAAAACAUUUGUCAGUAUUUUCACUGCAUUGCAACCUACAGCAACAACUAUGGUACGUUGGACACAGAUGCAAAGACAUUCUUCCAACAUAGACAAAAUUAAAACAACUCCGUUCAAAGAUGAUUGCAUGUCACUAAGCCUAAUAGAUCAGUUUUUUAUGUUUAUGUGUAGAGUUCGACAAGGAUUUCCCGAACAAGAUCUUGCUGUUAGGUUCAAUAUUUCCCAAGCAUCUGUCAGUAGAAUACUUAUUACAUGGGCCAAUUAUUUGUAUGCAAUGUUUGGAAGUUUAUGUAUUUGGCCCUCCCGCAGAAUUGUAGAUCAAAAUAUGCCUGCCUGCUUUAAAUGUACAUACCCAAAUACAAGAGUGAUCUUAGAUUGUACGGAAAUUAAAGUACAAACACCAAGCUCAAAGGUCUUAAAUUCAGAAACAUAUUCGAAUUAUAAGAAUCAUACAACAUUUAAAAGUCUUAUAGGUAUUACACCAUUCGGUAGUGUUUCAGUUGUAAGUUCUCUGUACACAGGUUGUAUAUCUGAUAAGGAUAUCAGUGCAAGGUCAGGGAUCAUUGAUCUGAUUGAAGAAAAUGAUCAGGUCAUGCUGGACAAAGGGUUUCUUAUUCAAGACUUGUUAGACACCAAACAUGCAACUGUAGUAAUUCCUCCAUUUCUCGGUCAUAAAGGGAAGUUUUCGCAAGAGGAGGUGGGCAAAACUCAUGAAAUUACCCGAUUACGGAUACAUGUAGAAAGAGCAAUUCGAUAG